AGCUGCGAGUCGGGAAUUCCCCAGCCGCUACUGGGGGAUGCUUCCACUUGCUUGGCUGCCAAAGGGCAGUCACUUGUGGCUGUGCAGCUAUGAGUCAUUUAGCGCCAAUGGAAGACCGGCAGGCCUGGCCCCCACUGCUGCCUGGGCAGCCAGGUGAGAAGAAGGCCAGGGGCAGGCCAGUCAAGCAGGACGAGCAUGAGGAGUCUACGCCACCCUGGGUGGACGAAUCGGAGUUGCGUUGGCAUGCGCCAAGGGAAGCUCGUGAAGGCCAAGAGUGGCAAGGAAAGGGCAAAGGGCGCGGCAGGCGAAGGAAAGGAGAAGGAAAAUGGGCUCAAAAGGGCAGUCCGGAGGAAGACGGAGGCGAAUGGGAAGGCUCAAGAGCGAAGGGCUCAGGUGGCAAGGGUGGGUACAGUCCCACCGACCUCUUGGGCGAGUGGCUGGAUGCGCAGGACAACAGCGUGAUUGUCCAACCCGGUCCGGGAAGAGCUGGUCCGUUGACAGCGCGGCUGGCGCGCAAAGGCGGUCGCGAGCAGGUGCUCUCCGUGCGACGGGAGCCUGAGAUGGGCCUUUGGGCCUGUGGCAACGCCGUGUUGGACCUACCGGCCUCGUCCGCCAACGUUCUGGUGUGGGCCGCCUAUGAUGGCCGCAGAAGUGUUUGGCGGAGGAAAGAGGCAGCGGAAGAUGCGGAGCCGGAGGACUUGCUUCCGUGGCUGUUGCGGGUGCCAGCAAUGCCGGGCAUUGCCAAAGGGGCUGAGCAGGAGCCGCAGGCCAAAGGUGCCAACGGCAGAGAAGGCAACCCGCCACGUGUGAGACGGCAGCGGAAUUGGAGCUCCAUCUCGAUGGACAGUGAUCUUGCUGGAGUCUUUGUGGGCAGUGCUGAGGAUAGGCCCGAGGGAAGUGAAGGCGGAGGUGAGGUGCAGAAGACCCAAGAGUGUGGGCAGCAGCCUCCUGAAGCAAAGGUCUGCGAGGGCCAGGCAGCUAAAGUGCCAGCACACUUUGAGACCCACAACUCGGCCGCUGACGCUGCGCGGGUUGCUGCAAUCCUGGAUGCAAGACAGGUCUUAGGCGCUGCGAGUAACUUUCAGGAGAUUCUCAGCUACAUCCUAAUUGAUCAUGACUUGCUGCGGCAAGAGGGGGAGGACCCAAUGGUGCCGCCCAUCGACUCGGCUUUGUGGCAGAGGCUGCCGGAGGCGCCGCGGCGCAAUGUGCUUCAUCGCCUGGCUGCGCAUGGCAGUUCUGUGCCGGGCAGCUACGUGGCGGAGUUUCCCGCUGGCAAUUGGGGCGAGAUCUUCGUUGGCCGACAUCAAUUUCCUGUCGCAUACGUGGACAUUCAGGCUUUGCUCAAGCGCUACACCCUUGCGGAGGACAAUGUUGCCUCACGCGCAUCGGCCAUGGCACGAGUCCUGGCGCUGUAUCGGGCGCUGGAGAACCCUGUGCUGCCUGCCAAGCACAGAAGUUCGCAUCAGCUCUGCUGCUUUGGUCCAUCUUCAAAAGGCUGCGACGACAUCGAGUACGAGCUCUUUGCGUCACCCUUCAAUGCCCAAGUGAGCAAUGGGAAGUUCGCCUCCCGCUUCCCGCACGCGGAGGAGGUUUUUGGCUCUGCGGGCUCGUACCCGGAUGUUCUGCAGACGUGGCCAUCCACAGCUGUUGUCGGCAUCAAUCCGCCCUUCUCUGACGCGUACUUGGAGGAUGUCAUUGGGAAGCGCUUGGAACAGAUUGUUUCCAGUUUCAAGAAGGUGCAUCUUUUCGCACCGGUCCGCGAUGCGCCAUGGCGCCCACAGCUGCGGCGACUCGCUGGCGCCGGCUUCGUGCAGCAAUUCUGGGACGCCACAGCUUCCAAGGCCUCAUUUCUGGAUCAGCCUGUGUUGCACUGGCAGGGAAAUGAGCUGGCCGGAGCUUGAGAAAUAUGAUCCGUCUCUGUCGAUCUGACGUGGCAGUGCUGUGGACAAGCUUCGAGAUUGUACAUACAAAGUUCUGCCUUUUGGGAUCCUGCAACUGCAUGUUGCAGGACACCAGCUGAAACCCGCUCAGGAAAGCGAGCGGAAUGUGUGACGGCAAUAGAUGCGACUGCCCACUGGGCCAUCACAGGCAGAAGUGAAAAGGUGAA